UUUGUUAAAAUGAUUACCUACGUGGACCUUGACAAGAAGACAGUUGACUGGAAGAAAGACCUUUGGCCUGAAGAGAAUCCUUUUGAAGUUCUGGUAGAUAGAAAAGAUGAUGAGGAGAUAAGUUUGGCAAAUUACAGAUACAAAUCAACAAAAGGAGACCCAAAGGCUGUCAUAAUGCUCUUACAUGGAUACGGAUCUUGGACAGGAAAAUACGGAUAUUAUGCAAAGUACUUUGCUGAUCAGGGAUAUGAUGUUCUUGGCUAUGACUAUAGAGGAUUUGGAAAGACCGAAGGUCAAAGUGGACAUAUUGCAUCAUGGGAGCAACAUAUGUCUGAUGCAUGGACUUAUUUUGAUAUUGUGAAGGAGGAGUAUAAGGAGACUUCUAUCAUUGGAUGUGGAUAUUCUCUUGGAGGAGGUACUAGCUAUUGUAUGGCUAUUGAAAGACCAGAUGCCUUUAGAGCUUUGAUGCAGAUAGCUCCUUUUGCUGGCUAUCACAUUGGGAAGCAUCCAUACCAGGCUGCUGCCAAUACUAUAGCAAAAUUCUAUCCAGCCCUCUCAGUAUGUCCUCCUCUGAGGAAUCCAGUUCCGCAUAUGGUGCAUUACUAUGAUGACCCUUUACAAGUUGUUGCAGGUUCUACAGCAGCUUCCCUUGUCGCUCUAGACAUUUGUCAAAAGACAAUCCAAGCGAAUGUUGAUAAGCUUACAGUUGAUAUGCAUGUCACAAUUGGAGAUGAGGAAAAUGUUGUGAGUAGAGUAGAAUGCCAGAAGAUUACCAAAGAAGCUCCCGCUAUUGUAAAGGAGUAUUAUGAAUGGCCAGGAGUAAACCAUUAUAUUAUCAAUGACGGAAUUUAUAUGGAAGAUAUUAUUAGAAAUCAGCUCGAUUUCUUAGAAAGAAUUUUAAAAGAAUAAUAUAUGACGUGGAGAAAAUGAAAGAACGAAUGUAUUGUUUUCAAUCAUAU